AUGCAGGAACUCAACCAGUCCAUCGUGACGGAAUUCAUCCUGCUGGGCUUUGCCUCCGACCCCAGGACCGACCCUCUGCUCUUCGUCUUCUUUCUAGUCUUUUACCUGCUUAUCCUUGUGAGCAACAGCCUCCUAAUCACCCUCAUCCACCAGGACUCACACCUCCACACGCCCAUGUACUUCUUCAUCAGCGUCCUCUCCAUGCUAGACGUCUGCUACACCACCACGACCGUGCCCCAGAUGCUCGUGCACAUUCUCAGCAGGAAGAGAGCCAUCUCCUUUGCCAGAUGUGUGGCCCAGAUGUACCUCUUCCUCCUCUUUGGGGUUACCGAGUCCUGGCUUUUCUCCAUCAUGUCCGUGGACAGGUACUUGGCCAUCUGCCACCCUCUCCGCUAUAAGGUCAUCAUGAGCCGCUGGGUGUGCCUCCUCAUGGUGGGCAUCUGUGCAGCGUAUGGUGUGGUGGGUGGCCUGUCCUAUACCUUCUUUGCCAUGCGCCUGCCCUAUUGUGGCCCUAAUGAAAUUGACCAUUACUUUUGUGAGGUGCCUGCGGUCCUGAAGCUGGCUUGUGCAGACACCUCCCUCAAUGACUUGGUGGACUUCCUCACGGGCUUCAAUGUCAUUGUGGUCCCCCUCUCCCUGGUUGCCAUCGUCUAUGCCAACAUCUUUGCCACCAUCAUGAAGAUCCGCUCAGCCCAAGGGCGGCUCAAGGCCUUCUCCACCUGUACCUCCCACAUCGCAGUGGUCACCAUGUUUGCGGCUCCGUGCGUCGUCAUGUACAUGAGCCCUGGCUCUGACUCCCUGUCGAACAGUGGCAAGAAAAUGGCCCUUUUCUAUAACAUUGCCACAGCCUUCCUCAACCCUGUCGUCUACAGUCUGAGGAACAAGGAUGUGAAAAGGGCUUUCCUCAAACUGACAGGACAAGGCAAGGCCCCAGAAUGA